UGUUCAAAACACACGAGUUUCGGACAGAAAUUCUUCCGAAAAAUCACUAAAAACUCUCAAAAAUGCUGGCAAACUUGUCCAAAAAUUGUCUGAGGCUGAGACACUCGCCUGUCGUGCCAGUUCGAACGUUCCUCUCGGAGAAUUACAAACUACAAGAAGCAUGGAACACCCGUUUAGCCUCGCCGAUAAUGGAAAAAAUUAAUGUGGAAACAUUUCACUACGAGUUGGAACGAAAAUUCAAUUUACAGAAGAUUGCGAGCCCGAUUGACAUCGAUAUCUACGCGAACAAAAUCACAGACGACAAUUACUUCGACGAAGUCGGCGAUUUACUCGUAAAACUGCGAAAAACCGCAGAAGCUACGAAUAUUUUGGACUCGACGGGUCAUGCCUACAUCCGGAAUUUGAUAGAUUUCGAUCAAUUUGAGUCGCUUAUCCAAGUUUUGGACAACAGAAUGGACUACGGAAUAUUUUUCGAUGAUUUUUCAGCAAAUUUAGCAAUUGACAAGCUGCUAAAAACAGGAAAAUUCAAGGAAGCAGCGAGACUUGCGACGAUUUUCAUGCUGCAAGAAGAUUUUUCAAACGCUACAACGAGAGCGCUUUGUCUCUUCGCCUGUUACAAGUAUUUGGGGAACCCGGAAGUCUUUGACGACUUAAAACCGCCGUCAGAACCUGAAGCCGAAAAAGGAGCAAAGAAGAAAAAAGUCACAGAAGUCAAAGUUCGUGUCGCAUUUUUGCGAAAUCCGUACUUUGAUGAUCAUUUCGACCUCAAAAACAGCCAACAUUUGGUGGGAAAAACAUUUUUGCUCAUUGGAAAAGAGCUCACAAAGACUGGCGACACUAAAUUAGGCACGAACAUUCAAUUACUCGGACUUGGAUUGUACGAAAAAUACACAGAAGCCGUCAAAUUUUUGGAAAGCACGAAGGGAGCAGAGUUGGAAAAGGACGUUAUUGGUAAAAUUAAUGAAGCUCUUGCCAAAGUCGGGGAAGAAGAACAGAAAAAUGAGGCUUUCCAACAAUUCAAGAACGCAAUAGAGACAAUUGGAUCAACUCACAAAGUCGUCGAAAGCAAUUUCGAGGAAAAACUCAACGAUUUUUGUAAAAAUGUGGUCAAAGAAAAUGAAGCAAAGGACAUGGAACAACAGAAAAAGAUCUACGCCGCAUGGAACGAGAUCCGCGAAAAACGUUUGAAGGAAGAAAUUGAACGUCUUCAACGCACAGAACGUUUGAAACACAUCGAAAAGUUAACUACCGAGAUGGAAGCUGAAGAACGUAAAUUAUGGUUCUUUGAAAAUGAAGAGCAACUCAACCUGGAUAUCGAAAGUAAACGAGUUUUCUACCCGAAACGGUGGUUCGGCAAGAAAAAAGUACCUCGCAAAGUCGACGAGAACUAUAUUCCGCCAGAUGUGGACAAGAGACGACAUGCCGAGUAA